AAUACGGUGUUCCGUUCGAUUGAUCGAUCAAUGUAUUGAAUAGGCGUAUAUUCGGUAAUAGGUUUAAAUUUAAUUUAUAAAUAAUAAAAAACAAUAAGUAUAAAAUGAUUGAACUUGGGUGAGGAAGAGUUUUAGAAAUAUGGCCGAAACCAGUAAAGGAAAGUUGGUAAUCGUUGAAUGGGAGGUGUCCGGAAAAGAAGUGGACGAAAAAAGACUGAAAACGUUUAUAAAGGCAAAAUCAGAUACAGAGCCAAUUGUCAGUCUCGGCAAAUACAGGAGGAUAGCACUGCUAGAGUUCAAAGAAGAAAAUGACGUGAACUUCUUGCGCAAUCAAUGGAAAUCUGGCGACUUUUGGACUGUAACAAAUAUCAGCGUGGUGUCAGAGACAAAGAUGGUAAAAGUUACAAAUUUACCAAAGAAUGCAAGUAGAAGAGAUAUAAACCAUUACUUUACAAAUGAAAAUAUGGUAAAUUUGAAGCUCGAUGUUGAUGUCAUGGAGAAAUACUUCCACCCUGAAAAAGGCUUUUGUGUGCUGAACUUGUCGUCUGCAUCUGACGUAAAACGUGUCUGUAAGGAAUGCAAAAAGUUUAAGGAGUUCAGAAAGUGCCAGCUUGCUUUAGAACCAUAUUACGCGGAGUUAGAAGCUCUGACUGAAUUAAUUACAGGGAAAGUUGAAGAAAUUAAACCAAUCACUGUUGACAAUAUUGAUAAUGCGAAGAUGAAAUAUAUGAAGGAUUUCUGCAAACAAAGCAUUGAACAACAGUUUAAAUCAGUUUGCGCUAACAUCUUUUGGGCUAGAGAAGGAAGAAAUAAAGUAGGAUUGAAAUUUGAUUGUGAACACAAUGAUCUCAGGCAGGAACAUGGCAUAGCAUGGGAGAAGAACGUAAGACAGCUGUUGCAAAAUAUAUUGGAUGAUAUAGUCGUUGUUAGAAAGAACCUCUCGUCAGGUGUCUGGGAUAAGGUGCAAGAGGUUCUCAUAAGCUUUCCGUUGGACUCUGUCUUGAUUGAUGAAGAAGCAGAUGAACAUAGACUGACCGUUGUUGGACAUAUAAAGAACUCAGCUAUUGCGAAAAUCGAAAACGAUCUUGACGCUAUACAACCUCCUAAACCUAUCGUAAAGAAAGAUGUUAAGGUCAGCAACAAAAUCAAACUUGCGGCAUUUGCGGAUCUGCAAAUGGGAGAUACCGUUGGUGGAGUAACUGUAGAUUGCCAAAUCAAUGACGGUCUUAUUAGAAUACAUGGCGACAAGGAAACUAUAUCUAAAGCGGAAAUUGAAAUUUUGGAAAUUUUAAACCAGAUUGUUGUAGAGUCGACAAAUUUCAGUUCAAGAGAAGCUGCAAAUAUACUGAUCACUCCGCUUAUGCGUGAUAAGAUAGAAUCAUGCAAAGAUGACCUUGGGGAGAGGUGUGGUUACCUGAUCGAAAAGGACACACUCAAUGUUUUCUCGACUGGUCAAGCAAAUUUAGAAAAGUUUGAAAAGAAAAUAAAGGCGCUCAUAAUCGAAGAGGAUAAGACACUACAAGGAAAGGUAGAACACGAAAGCAAUUUCAAAGUGAAAAUUAAAGAAAUUGAAGACAUAUACAGUCCCUACGUAAAACUGGCUUCCAAAAUAUCCAAAGAAAAUGUAGUAAUACAUAUUGUUUGUGGUAAAGAUUAUUACGGUCCUGUGUGUGAUGACCUUAAUGAAAACGUUGAAACAUUACUUAUCACAAACGAAGAAAUCCGUAUUUCUCCUCAUAUUGUAAAAUAUAUUCAGAAAAAGUCCAUUGAAAAUAUUCAUAAGAGUAUCAAACAAAUUGGACUUUCAAAAGACGUUUUUGAGAGCGAUGUGGGAAAAACUGCACUACGUGCCAAAGGAAACGCAAGCGUCAGACAGCGAGUUGUAGGUAUCGUUCAGACGGAAGCUAAGAAGAUACAAGUUUCGUGGAGACAAAUAGAAGAAGAAGGAAUCCAUGACUAUUUCGCCGAUGGGUACAAGUUCCUUCUCGAUGAGAUUCAGAAACAUCAAUGUGAAUUUCGAAUAGCGACUCAGUAUGAAAUGAAAAACGAAGAUAUGCAUUGCAUUGUUACUCUUGAAACGGGACAAGCCCUUUUUGUUGGAGCAGGAACGCUUGAAAACCCAAAGCUCCCAGUUGAUGUUAUUGUUAAUGCAGCAAAUGCAAAGUUGGAACAUAAAGGUGGUCUUGCUGCAGUUCUUGUAAAAGCAGGUGGAAAAUCUGUUCAAGACGACUGCAUCGAUUACAUCAAUAAGAAUGGUGAAUUACAGCCUGGAGAUAUCUACGUUGGUUCGGCAGGAAAAUUACCUUGCCAAAGAAUUAUCCAUGCUGUUGGACCUGAAUGGAAAGGUGGAAAUAGUAACGAAGAUGAGAUUCUACAGACUGUGGUUGAAAAUAUUCUUGAAGCAAUGAACAGAGACAAAGAAUUCAUUUUACGCUCGUUGGCUUUACCAUUAAUUAGUGCUGGUGUGUUUGGAUAUCCUCGGUCAAGGUCGGCAAAAAUAAUAUUGGACACAAUGAAAAACAAGUUAAAGUCCACUCCGAACGUACGAGAGAUAUAUUUCUAUGACCCGAACCCAGACAUCGUGAGAACAAUACAGAAACAAAUGCAAUGUGUCUUCGGAGACAAAUGUUUUCAUUUGCCUGUGCGAAACAUUGCUGUUGGAAAAGGGACGAUGACAAAGUUUGCUGCGUCAAAACACUUUAAUCUUCAAAGAACUGGUACAAGAACUUUGCCGCUUCCGGGAGGUACGAAGAUCAUCAUUAAAUGGGGAGAUCUCCAAACCACUGCGGCGGAUAUAUUAGUAAAUGCAACCCCAACAGCCCCUACACCAUCAGGAAAGAUCAGUGACGGCUUGAAAUAUGCUGCUGGAGUGGGAUUUGCUAUGGAAUCAGAAUGUAAUAAGGCAUUUAAGAAAGUAUAUCCAGGUGGCAACGUCCCUGAUGGCAUGCUGGUUCAGACUAAAGCAGGGAGAAUACCCUGCAGUGAAAUCUACCACCUCAAAAUUGACAACAACAAGUCAUCUGGAUGCAAAUCUCUUGCUGGCUACAUUAUAACUUGUCUAAAAGAAGCUGUAAGACAGAAAAGAACAUCGAUUGCCUUUCCUACGAUUGGAACUGCGGACUGCGAUUACCCUGGAGACAAAGUUGCUCUCACCUUCAUAAGAACAAUUGGAGAAUUUAUGCAGCUGCAUAUAACAUGUUCUCUGACUGAGAUUACUAUAGUUAUCUACAAGACAGACAUAAUCACCACGUCGGCGUUUGAAGUAAUAUUGGAGCAGUUGUAUAGCAAAAGGCCACACAGACUGCUUGCAGACAUAGAAGAAACUAUGGAGACGAAAGAUGGUGAAGAAGAAGAAGUAAAGGUCAAGCCAAAGCAAAGGCAACCUUCUCCAAAACGACCUAGAUCAGCUGUGCAUAGGAACAGGGUUCAAAAACAGAAUGAAGGAUCGUUUGCUUUAGAUGGUACUAACGGAGCAGCAGUUGAUUUAGAAGUAGGAGGUAUAGAAAGUUCAAAGGCGGACGUUAUUGUUUGUACAACAUCCUCUUUCCCCAAGUUAAAUGGUGCCAUAUCAGCUGCAGUUAUGAAAGCGGGUGGACCAGAUAUUCAGAAAGAAUGUAAUAGAUGUUACAAAAGUUACCCUGAUCAAGGAGUUGCUGUCACAAAAGCUGGGAAUCUUCGCUGCAAGAAAGUGUUCUAUACUGUACUCAAAGACUAUACACCAGCGAAUGCUAAGAAUGUGUCCGAUUAUGUGCUUAAAUGCCUGGAACAGGCGGAGAAAGACCAUUUUACAUCUAUAGCCAUGCCAACGUUUGGUACUGGUGGAUUCAAAUACCCUGAUCAAGUGUCGGCGAGUCAGAUGUUCACUGCCAUUAAAGAAUUUUUCAAGAAGAAACGGUCUUACUUAAAAUUGAUAGUAGUCGUAAUGUAUGGACCAGCACAGCAGACUUGUCAGACAUUCUAUCAAGAGGCGGUCAAGGCCUUCACACAAAUGAAAGCACCAACGACGACUGCAGUUAUCGCUGAUACAGCCCCUGUACAGAAUGUUGGCGAUCUUCUCUGGAGUGUACCUAAGUCAUCUACAUCUCUUGAGAUAUCAUAUGGAAAUCUUGAGCUGGCAAAGGCUGACGUUAUAUUAGACACAACAAUAAGCUUCCCAAACCUGAACGGCAUUAUUCCUGAGUCACUUAGCAAGCGUGCUGGGCCACAAUUGAAAGAGGAAUGUAAGCGUUUCAAAGGCAAUGUGAGCUCUGGGAUGAUUAUUGAAACAAAGGGAUAUAACCUUGACUGCAAACAAGUCUACCACUAUUUCAUGCCUGACUGGAAAGAAUCCGACGGCGAACAGACCAUCAGCAACUGUAUUGAUGAUUGCCUGCAGAAGAUGAAGCAAAGUGGACUGAGAUCUAUAGCCAUACCAUCUAUAGGUACUGGUGGAGCAAGAUAUAACCCAAGGAAAGUAGCCCGUGGUAUUUACAGAGCUGUUGCCGAUUUUGGCGCUGCAAAUGGUGAUGUUAAUUGCCACGUGAACCUGGUUUUGUUCCCUGCAGCUAGGGAUAUAAAUAAAACAUUUACGGAAGAACUUCAAGCAUUUAUGAGUGGUAAAACAAAUGAGCAAAAACCACCUGCGAAAGGUGUGCGUUUUGCUGAAGACGGCUACGACAAAGACAGGGUUCAUGUUGAUGAUGAUAUUGUUAUCUCUACAAAGAGAAGAGACUUUCUUCUUAUACAGUUUACAUCUGAUGAUCGUAAAACCGUAGAUUUGGCCUUCAAAAGCAUUAAAGCUAAAGUUGAAAGUGAAACGAGAGAUGUGACAAUAGACCUGACAAAAGAUGGCAAUAUAGAUGAUCUUGAUCUUGUAACUGCAAACAAAGGGAAAAAUAAAAAAACUAUUGAAGAUAUUGGUGAAGAUUACCAUGUCAAGGUCAUUGUUGACACCAAGACACGAAAGGUGAAGGUCAGAGGACUUGGCGAUGGCGUUAUAAAGUGCUACAAGAGAAUUCUCCGAUUUUUGCAAGAAAAACAUAAGGAAGCUGUUUCAAAAGACAUUGGAAAGAUAGUAUAUCAGUAUAUUGAAUGGUAUUAUACUGAAGACGGUGGAAAAAUAUGGGUACCAUAUCCAAGACACAUUAGAUAUCUGCUCGAAGACGCAAAUUUUACAAAAGCAACGGAGAAAGAAUUUCGCGACAGCAAUGAAAAACUCUAUGUUGUCGACUUCACGAAAAUGGAAGAAUAUGUGAAAGAGAAAAGAGAAAAAGAAACAACUGUGUCAGUUAUACGAAAAGAUCUAACAGAAGGAGCGUUAAAGGCCUUACCACAUACAUGGCAAGCAAUGGGAGAGCUGGAAAACCUGAAGGAGGUUGUGCUUAGUUCUACGGACCGAGAGUACAAAGAUGUUGUAGCUAACUUUAGGGUAACGGUUGGAAACUAUAGGCUUUCUCAGAUCAAAGAGAUACGGAGAAUUCAGAAUCGGACAUUGUAUCAACAAUAUCAAACAAAGAAGGAACAAUUGAAGUCGGAACAUAAAAAUGUCCCACAUUUACAAGUAGAACGUACUCUAUGGCAUGGUACUCAAGAAGACAAAGAAAAGUCUAUAACUUCUAACGGCUUCAACAGAAGUUAUGCCGGCGCAACUUUCCAGGGAAUGCUAUGGUACGGUAUGGGAGUAUACUUUGCCGUCAACUCGGAGUAUUCUACCCAGCAGUUUUAUUCGCCGCCCGACAAAAAUGGCUGGAAGAGGAUGUACCAGGUGAAGGUUCUCACAGGUCUGACAACAUGGGUACCCCAAGGGUACAUGGAGAGAUUCGCGCCUGAAGUGCCUGGCUCUGCAACUGAUAGGUAUAACUCUACUUGCGACGACGACCAAUACCCAACAGAGUUUGUGAUUUAUAACGAUACUCAAGCGUACCCAGAAUAUAUCAUAUUGUUCAAGUAGAGUGGAGACUGACAGGGAAUAAUGUGUAGUUGCCUUACUGUAGCUUGUUUACAGCAGAAAAAAGAAACGUCCAAAUUAAUUGUGAUAGCUUUGAUAACUUUUAGCUUUGCUUUUCUACAGAUAAAAUAUGAUUUGUAUAUUUUGAUCGCGCUUUGUUUACAAUACACAACAAUAGCAAUAAUAUUAUGCAAACCUUUCUGACAAUUACAAGUUAUUAUGUUUGACAAAAUCAUUUGCAUAUAAGAAGUUUCAGACCUGUACUGAGUCUUAAUUUUGUGUUAAAAUUGAAGUUUUAUAAUACAUUAUACCUUUACUUAACCUUACUUUCUAAUGAGCCAGUACAGUUCUACAUUGUUUGUAUAUAGUCACUCUAAACAAUGAGGUCCUCUGAAGCAAUAUAUAUUUACAUGACCUAGGUAGACUAAACAGGUUUGAUCUAGACUGUUAAAACACCUUUUGGCAGUUUAAAUUAGAAUAUCAGGACUUGAUAGUAAAAGCAUUUUUCGUUAUCAUUACAACUGUUAAACUUGAAAAACUUCCAAUAAUUUAAUACGAAGAGAUUCGUAACAAGGCCAAUGCAACAAUACAUGAAUUCCAUCCCCAAAAAUAACAAAGAAAUCAGGUUUGAUCCCUUACUUACACGCCAUUGUAUGUGCCAAAUUCUAUAACAACCGGGUUCUAUGAUUCCUCUGAAUUUCGAUGGUACACCCAUUUAAAACAUACUUAAACGUUUCUUGCAAUAAGAUUCAAACCAAAAUUUAUCUUUGAAGUUUGAUUCUAUAUUCUGACAAUGUGUCCCCAAUUCCUCCAUUAUCCUAGCUAUGUAUUUUCAAGAUUUACAGUUAGCUUUCAUUCCUGAACAAAAUAUUCCAUAUUUUUUUGAAAAAAAAAUACGUAUAAAAUUUUACAUUUUUGAUAAAUAUAUUCAACAUUCUAGCAAGGUUAAAACUUUUGACUAACUCCAUCAUUCAAGUUCUUUCACCUAUAACUUGAAGCAUUAUUUACUUACAAAAAGAUUUUCGUAUAAGUCUGUGACUAUCCAUAUCAUAAAGUGUACACAAAUUAACUAAAACUGCUUUCCAUCAAUAACAUGUUAUAGAGUAACCACAGUCGGCAUCAUUCGGAGUAUAAUUGUUUUUACGCAACAAAAACUAGUUCUGUAUAAAUACGCAAUGAGGAAAUAGGUAUAUCAAGUUUGGACAUACUUACAGAUAAUUUAUUUUGGCAUGCAAAAAUUGUUUUAGAUACAACUAUACAUACAUAUUACUGAUAGGAUAUUGUAAAUGUCUUUUUUUGCCCUAUGAUACAUAUCGUCGGUUAAAAGCCAGAAGAGCCCAUCAGCGUAUGAAUAAAGAACGCUGAUGAGCCCUUCUGGCUUUUGGCUUUAAACCGAUGAUAUGUUAUAUGUUUUGGCAAUAAAUCUGUAUUCCAGACGUUAUUAAAACCUAAUCUCUUUUGGAAUCCAUGUGUAAGUCCUUUAAACUUUGUGAUCUAAUCAGAAUAAUAUUAAUUAAAACGUUAAAAUACAUUUUAGGUUAUUACCGUUGCCAUGCCAUGAUUCGUUGUUAAUUGAUUGACUUUCUUAUUUCAACAUAAUAUUUGUUCCAUAUUUACCUAGAUGCAAUCUUGUUUAAAGUAAACCUUUAUUAGUACAAUCAGACAAAAUACUUUUAAAUUCUUCAAAUUUAGAGAGGUACUUCAUGCUUGUAUAGUUAAAGUUAGAUAUGAACCUCACUUGGAGUGUAGAAUUAUUCUAUGACGAAGACAUCUAGCUGUCUUACUAAAGGCCGGUGGUUCUUACUCAGGUGUCUCCCGGUGCUGCUAUAUAUACCGAAGGAACAUUUCGGAUCAUCCGCCAUCAUGAAAAACUGCAAAGUCGCCACAUGACACAUAAUUGUUAUGGUGUGACGUUUACCCUAAAAACAAAUUAAACAAAUAUGGUGGAAGUAACAUAAGUUUGUUUUUGAAUGUCUCUUCAGUGCACCUUUUAUCAUUUGUCAUAUUUGCAAACGGCCAUAUCAAAUGUUUUUGUCAAAUUUGUCAGCGUUUUAUCAAAGUUAUUAACUUAUUUAGAAAUGCAUUACAAUAUUUUACUUCUGAGUUGAUUGUCUCUCCAUUAAGUUUCAUAAUAUACAAGCAAUAUUAUGUAAGCAAAGUAUGCUGUAUCGUCAGUAGACAUUAGCAGAUUUUUAGUAUAAGGAUACAGACUGAACCUUCAAUUAAACUUAUGAAAUGGUUCAUUUAAGUUGAUAUAUGGUAUACAUAUUCUUAUCAACAAUGUUAAUUGACGUUUCAAUGUCAAUGUUUCCACCUCUUUAUAUAAUGUUUUGUUUGUGAUUUAUAUUAUUACAUAUACUUCAUAUGUUAUGCUUUAUUUAAGCUUUAGACUUGAAAUGUGUACUAUGCAUUUUUCUGAUGUGUCUGUACUCAAUUCAGAAGUUGUGAUGAGCGUUAUACCAGUAUUCAAAAUCAUUAUAUUCGGUGGUACAUAUUUUUUCAGCUUAGUAGUGCCAACAAAACAGGAAAUAGGAAAUGUUUUAGAAGGACACACUGAAAGAAUAUUUAACGUAUUGUAUAAUAUAGACGAAAGCCUUGCACAAUCUUACGGCAUAAAAAUCAUUCUGAUAAAAGUAAAAUUUAAUAAAAAUAUCAAUUUUCCUUUUAAUGUUAAACUGGCGAAGGAACAAUUUGCAAAAAAAAAAAUGUUUUUUGGGAAAAUAUAUAAUGAAAUAGGCAUUGCGACUUAUUAUGAGUGUGAUUAUUGGCUUUAGGUUAAUGUUCACGUCAUUGCUUUAUUUGUCAUCUUUCUCUGUUCAGAUUUCUAUUGACCUCCACUGGAUUCUUUGUUAUUCUGUUAUGCCCUAUUUUUGACGCCCACUGCUUUCUUUGUAAGUUUGCUUUGCUCAAUUUUCUAUUGGUGUCCACUGAUAUUUUUGUCAUUCUGUUUUGCUCAAUUUUCUUUAGAUGCCUGCUGGUUUUUUUAAGAAGGAAGAAAUUUGCAUGCUCAAAUGUCUCUGCGUUAACUGGCUUUUUGGUCAUUUUGCUUUGUUCAUUUUCCGUUGGUUUCCACUGAUAACUUUGUCAUUUAUCUCUUCUCAAUUUUCUUUUGGUGUCCACAGAAAUUUUUACCCAUUUUACUUUGCUCAAUUUUCCUUUGGCGUCCACUAAUAUCUUUAUCAUUCUCUUCUGUCCAAAUUUCUUUUGGCGUCCACUGGUUUCUUUGUCAUUCUACUCUGCUGAAAAAUUCUUUUGACGUCCGCUGCUUUCUUACUCAUUUUGCUUUGCUUGAUUUUUGUCUGGCAUCCUCAGGUAUCUUAGUUUGGUCUGCUAAAUUUUCUUUUGACAUCCUCUUGUUUUUUAUCGUUAUGAUCUGUUUAGUUUUCGUUUGACAUAUUUGUAAGGGUUUACUCAUUGAAAGAAAUAAUUUAUAGAUAUGUGUAUAGGAGUUUCAUCUUUCGGGGAUAAAUUGUUACUGUCCUAAAAUUUUAGGAUACUGUGGGGACUUUGUGUGAGGGUUUGCGUUUUGUCUCUGAACGUUCCAAGGCAGUUGCCUACUGUACACUUUUAUUUGCUUUUUCGGUGUUCGUUUGUCUAUUUCUUUAACUUUGCCUAUGCAUUUGGUUUAUAUAUCCAAAAAAAUACACUGUUUUUCAUGCAUUUAACUGAUAUUGAAAUGAAUAUUAACUUUAGAGGAAUCACUCAGUCUGUCAUGUUGUAUUGCACUUUGCUUUUUUUAGUCAGUGCUUGUACUAUCUAAGUAGUUAAAGGUAUUCUGUGAUAAAUUUUUGUUAGAAAAUAUGUACUUUUUGUAAAUGAUUGAAUACAUUUUUAAUAAGA